AUUUCCGUUGUCAGGUGGUGCUGCUAUGGAAAGAUGUGAUCAGUUGUCCUAAGAAGGCUUUUCCCUCAAAGCCCCUGUCGGUAAACGUGAAAUUUAUCCAGUUCGCUUGAAACAAACCGCUUCGUGGUGGAGUGUAAAUGUCGGUGCACCCCUGCUGAACAUUUAAUCGGACAGAAAUGAGUUGGAAUUAGUGUACGACAGAGGAUUCCCUCGGCGGUUUUGAUCUGCAGAAUGUCUAAACGCCGUGCUUCGGAACGAGGGGCUGGAGAGUCAUCCGGCAGACCCAGCAAGCCCCUUUGUCCUGGGAUAUCUGGCAACAAUGCUAAGAGAGUCGGUCCCUUUGUUUUAGGCCCACGGCUGGGAAACUCUCCUGUGCAGAGUAUAGUGCAGUGUCUAGCCAGAAAAGAUGGGACGGAUGAUUUCUACCAGCUAAAAAUUCUCACCCUGGAAGAACGUGGAGAGACACAGGAAGAAAGGCAAGGGAAAAUGCUCCUGCAUACAGAGUAUUCUCUACUGUCACUGCUCUCCAACCAAGAAGGAGUGGUGCACCAUCACGGCCUCUUCGAGGACCGCUCCUGUGAGAUUGUCGAGGACAUGGAGGCCAACAAAGUGCGGAAGAUGAAGAGGCGAAUCUGUCUGGUGCUUGACUGCCUCUGUGCCCACGACUUCAGCGACAAGACGGCAGACCUCAUCAACCUGCAGCAUUACGUCAUCAAAGAGAAGCGUCUGAGUGAGCGCGAGGCCAUCGUUAUUUUCUAUGAUGUGGUGAGAGUGGUGGAGGCAUUGCAUAAGAAGAACAUUGUGCAUAGAGACUUGAAGCUUGGAAACAUGGUGCUUAAUAAAAGGACCCAUCGGAUCACCAUCACAAACUUUUGCCUUGGCAAGCAUUUGGUGAGUGAGGAAGAUCUGUUAAAGGACCAGCGAGGCAGUCCAGCCUACAUCAGCCCAGAUGUCCUGAGCGGUCGACCAUACCGCGGUAAACCCAGUGAUAUGUGGGCGCUCGGUGUAGUGCUGUUCACCAUGCUCUACGGCCAGUUCCCAUUCUACGACAGUAUACCUCAAGAGCUCUUCCGGAAGAUCAAAGCAGCAGAGUACUCCAUCCCUGAGGAUGGGCGGGUAUCUGAAAGUACAGUGUGUUUGAUCAGGAAGCUUCUGGUGCUUGACCCCCAGCAGAGACUCACUGCCACCGAGGUGCUCGAGUCGCUGAGUGCCAUCAUCACAUCCUGGCAAACUGUGUCCUCACUGAGUGGCCCUCUACAAGUGGUGCCGGACAUAGACGAUCAGCUUAACCACCCCGAACAUCUUCAGGAGGCGAAAGUGACAGAGGAGUCGUCUCAGUACGAAUUUGAGAACUACAUGAGGCAACAGCUCUUGUUGGCAGAAGAGAAAAACACUAUCCACGAGACCAAGAACUUCCUCAGCAAGAGGCAUUUCGGUAAUGUGCCUCCGGUGAGGCGCCUUGGCCACGACGCUCAACCCAUCAGUCCUCUGGAUGCCGCAAUACUGGCCCAGCGCUUCCUCCGGAAGUAGCACCUUCAUUCUGUCCACAGACAGGGUCACUGGGAAUGGAGCGAGCCACGGAACUGGGCGCACUCUCUCAUGUACACUUGUGUAUGUGUGUGUGUGUUAGCAUGCAGC